AUGCAAGCAGACGGGCGUUACGACGACCCGCUCGCAGAUGACUCGGCCGCAUAUCAUCGCCACCAGCACCAAUAUGGACACGAUGCCGGCCAUGAUGCUGCGACAGGAUGGGAUCAACAAGAAGCCUACCAUCAACAACAACAGCAGCAGUAUGAACAUCAACAGUACGGACAUCAACAACAAUCUCAACAACAAGAGCAGCAGCCAAGUGUUGAGAACACCUGGCUGGCGAAUGAUGGGCGCCAAACACUGCAGGAGCAAUUGAUACAGCGCUACCACCAGGCUGCAAGCAUGCAACACGCCGCCGAGAUCCAACAGCAGGCGGCUCUCGCUCACCAGCGCGAGUGGUAUGCGCAGCAGAACCUUGAAGCGCACUUUGCUGCUGCUGUAGGCGAUGCAAAGAUGCUCAAGUUCCUGUGCUCCCAGCGACCUCGCCUCAUCAACAAGCAGGAUGACCAGCAAAAGACGCCUCUCAUGUAUGCCGUGGUCAACAACCACACCGACGCCGUAAACAUGCUCAUUCGGGCACGCGUACGAUUGAACACUACAGAUGCCGAGGGCCUCACGGCGUUGCAUCAUGCCGUUAUUGGUGAUCAUCUUCCUUUGGUCAAGACGCUGCUUGGCGCUGGCGCCAAGCCGAGUGUUCGCGAUGCAAACGGGCGCACACCACUGCACCACGCCACACGAUGCUCAAACAUCAAAUGUGCAAUGGAAUUGCUCAAAGCACCCAUCAAGAACUACAUCAACGCAAAGGAUGGGGAUCAGAUGACGCCGCUGCAUUGGGCCUGCUACUACCGCCAGCCACAACACGUCGCCAUGCUGCUGCUGCGCGGCGCGAGUGAGGAUGCUCUCGAUGUUGACAAGAAGACGCCGCUGCAUUGGGCGGCCCAGAAUGGUGAUCCCAUGUGUGUCACCUACCUCCUGGAAAGCAAGUCUGCAGCGCGCAUCAACCAGCGUGACAAGCAAGGACUCGCCUCCAUCCAUCUCGCUGCUGCCGCCGGCCACCACAACGUCCUCAAGGUGCUGUGUCGUGUUCCCUCCAUCAAGAUUGACGCUGCUGAUCCAAACGGGCGCACGGCGCUGCACUGGGCGGCGGCUGCUUGUCAGGACAAGGCAACUACCACCCUUCUCUCCUUUGGCGCCCACCCGUGCAAGACCGAUAAGAUGGGACAAACACCGCUCGCAUAUGCACUCGCACGGGAAGCGCCAGCCUCCCUCAUGGGCCCGCUCUCGGAACCGGCAAUUUAUUUUCCCAGAACAAAAACACUCUCUCACACCGAUCGUGAGACCGACCCAUCACUAUCCCCUGCUGUCCGACGGCACGCGAGCACACCGCUCGGUACCCGCCUCACCCGCCAGUCGAGAAAGGCGGACUUGAAGAAGAGUGGACGAAGCAAAACCGAACCCAUGGACACGGCGGCACAUAGCAGCAGCACGCGAGACGACGCAAAGUCCAGGAAGAGCAGGGCAGCGCGGGGCGAGGGGCAGCCGGCUGAUGAUCACAACAGCGACAGCAGCGUACACCAGAGCAAGAGCAAAGGGAGAAGCCGCCGCAGCAGUAGCAGCAACGGCGGCGGUAAUGGUGGUGGUGGUGGGUCAUAUGCGGCCAUGCACAAGAGCAAGAAAUCGCCAGUUGAUGUGCGAGCAGACAGCAGCGGUCGGCAGAACCAAGCGCACACACGCACGCACGGGCGAAGUCGAAGCAACAGCCACGGCAACCAUGCAAGGACGCACGGCAGUAAUGGGUACAGCAGCCAGACAGGCACACGAGGGAGGAGCAGGCGUAGGAGCGUUUCGAAGACGCGUGAAGAGGGCGGAAACGGUGGUGCCAGCAUGACGCAAUCGAGACGAAGGACAGCACGAAGGAGUCAAUCACGCGGUAAUGAUGGCGCUGGCGAUGACCAGCCGCACACGAGCUCAUCGGGUGGCGGCCGCGGCGACGCUUAUCACGAUGAGGAUGGCAGGGGUGAUGGUGAUGGUCACGAUGGAGCCGAGUUGGGGAGGAGAAAAGCCGCGUCUCCACGCCACUUGUCGCCGUCAAGCGCCCGCACACGCCUGUCCCCGUCCAGAGAGAAGAUGUCUCAGUCCCAUAAGGUGAAGGGAAGCAUUGCUGACACGAGAAACGCCAUGCUUGCAAACAUCGAUGUUGUGCAAGGGGAUCGGCAUGAGACAGCUUCGCCCGCUAUUGAUCGUGGUGACACCGAGGACAACGACAGCGUAUCUGCUCUCAAGCAAGAACGUGACGCCGCCGUGGCGCAGGCCACGCACCUUCAGGCGCGCGUGCGUGAACUGGAACGAGAGCGCGAUCGCGCCAAGUCUGCGCAGCGCCGCGUCGACGAACUUGAGACUAAACUUGCGUCUGUGAUGCGGCAGCUGGCUGCUGCUGAGCGGGAAAAGGACCGCACACUUGAAGGUCUUCGCGGACACGACAAGCGACGACAACACACGCGCACUGGCACGGGCCGGCUUCCCGCCAUCAACAGCAAGGGCUCACGCCAGGCGACGAACCUCAAAUCAAACGGAGGAUACGCGCAGCGGCAGCGCUCGCACCUCAACGCUUCAACACAGAAACGUUCACAUCCCCAUCGCAAAUGAGUGCGGCUGUGGCCUGCAUCGUUUCACACGCGCUCGCCCAUCCAGCUUCCUCACGUGCACACAAAGCCGCUCGCGCGUCUGUCUCAUCUGCUUGUUUCCCCUCCCCAUAUCCGUCCACUGCACAGUCGAUGGCGCCUUCUUUGCCUGUCCAUAUGUAUGAACAUGUGCCUGAAUGUGUGUGUAUGCGACCCUUUCUUCUCCAAUUUUCACCCGUAAUAUCAUGAGUUAUCCUUCACUUAGUCGAAUCGACAUGGCCUGCUGUCACCCCUCUGUGUGUGUGUGUGUGUGUGUGUGUGUGUG